AAGUUCCUGCAUUCUGCUUUCAACAUCACCUCCUCCAUAUUCUCUGGAAUAGAAGGGAGCUAACUCCACAGCGUCAAAGUAAACUUGAUUUUUCACAUUUCAACGUUGCUCUCCAUGAGAGUAACACAAUGGACUGGAUACUUAUUGCAAUUCCCAUCUGGUUGGUACUAGAAGCUGCACUUUGCUUUAAUGUGGAUCCUGUGGCUUGGAAAUCGCUGAGAGUAGAAGAUGCAGGUUUUGGCCAGCAGAUGGUGCAAAGGGAAUCAGAUUUGCUUGUUGGUGCUCCUCUUCAACAAUAUUCAGGAAAUCGAAGAGGAAGAAUAUUUCAAUGCUCCAAAGAAACAUGUCGACCUAUGAACAUUUACGACGGAGAGUUGGCUGUGAACAUGUCCCUCGGUUUGACAAUGACAUAUGAUUCGAUGAGACAGAAGACUUUGGUGUGUGGCCCAACCAUUCCCACUGAAUGCAAACAUAUUACCUUGUAUAAUGGUAAAUGCAUUGAGUUGGACAGAUCUAACCGAGUGACAAGCCGGUUUCCAUCUAAGCUUCCAGAAUGUACACAAGCAGACAUUGCAUUUCUAUUGGACGGCUCAGGCAGUGUUGAUAGUAGAGACUUUGAAAAAAUGAAGACUUUCGUGAUAAAUCUCAUCUCUUCACUUCAAGGAGAAGAUGUGAAGUUUGCAGUUACCCAGUUUUCUACUAACCAUCGCACCUACUUUAACUUUGCUACUUAUUCACCCACAAACUGGUGGUCAGCAGUAAAUGCAAUAAGGCAGCAGGGAGGCGGUACUAAUACAGCUACAGCUAUCCUAAAUGUAGUACAAGAGGUUUUCUCUCGCUCUGGAAGGCCAAAUGCAAAUAAGAUUUUGAUAGUUAUUACUGAUGGAGAAUCCUAUGACACGGAGAAGUUGCCAAGCGCAAUAAAUAGAGCUAAUUCCCGUAAUAUUGUUCGAUAUGCUAUUGGGGUGGGGCGGGCAUUCUCCUCCUCCUCCUCUAGAGGAAAACAGGAGCUUGACCAAAUUGCAUCUGCCCCAAAACAAACGCAUGUGUUUCAAGUAGAGAGCUUUCAGGCUCUUGAUAACAUAAGAAAAGCUUUGCAGUCACAAAUCUUUCCCAUUGAAGGAUCUCAGACGAGUGGAAACACACUGAAAAUGGAAAUGUCGCAGGAGGGCUUUAGUGCUGCUUAUGUGGCUCAGGGAAUUCAGAUGGGAAUAGUUGGUGCUAAUCAGUGGAGGGGAGGCUAUAAGAGAUAUGACGGCGGCACGACUGUAUCCUAUGAGUCCAUGUCUAUGGCGCCUGACAGUUAUCUUGGUUACUCCAUGACGAUUGCUACAACCAGCAGACGUACACUGACAAUUUUGGGGGCUCCAAGAUAUCAGCACAGAGGAGCUGUAGAGGUGGUUUUUGCAGACAAAAUCAUAACAUUAAUCAACCCCAGCCAACUACAGGCUGGGGAAUAUUUUGGCGCAGUGGUUUGUGCCAUGGAUGUGGAUAGUGACCAGUUAACAGAUCUGGUCCUCGUAUCUUCUCCGAUGUAUAAGGAGGUUGACAGAGAAGGACGAGUUUAUGUCUGCACAUUAACGACGUUUAGCAUGGACUGUUACUUCAACUUACCAUCCUUACAAAUCAUAUUAAAAGGAGAUGCAAUGAUAAAAGGGCGAUUUGGAUCAGCUCUCACUGUUCUGCCUGAUCUGAACAUGGAUAAAUUAAAUGAUCUGGCUGUUGGAGCACCUUUAGAGAAUGAUGGUCAGGGAAGUAUUUACAUAUUCCAUGGUGGACGAGACAAUGGUAUCAAUAGUAUCAAUCCCACCUAUUCACAGAGAAUCGCUGCUUCUCAAGUUCAAGCAGGUCUGAAGUUCUUUGGUGUCUCCUUGAGUCAGUGGUCUUUUGAUCAGAGCGGUGACAACCUCCCUGAUUUAGUGGUGGGUUCAAAAGGAACAGUGGUUUAUCUCAGGUCCAGGCCUAUAGUGACUGUGGAAGCCUUCGUUACCUUCAGCCCAAAGAAAAUUUCAACUCAGGAGGAAAACUGCUCAAAAGAUCUGAAGAACACAGCCGCAAUCUGCUUUCUCAUGAAAACACAAACCACUGGCACAGCUCGAGCAAAGAUUACUUACACUUUUACACUGGAUGCUACCCGAAAGUCUCCAAACAACCGAGCUUACUUUGCUGAGAAACGACGACAGCAGACUGGAUCAACUGAAGUUAACUUGGGAAGUAAUGCGUGCAGCCCCAUUGAAUUUUUCACUCAGGCUUGUCCAGAAGAUGCUCUGAAUCCACUUAAAAAUGAACUCAGUUUUACUUUUGAAGGCUUGCCUUCCAGUGAAAAUCUUAGACCAAGUCUUGCUCAUCAAGCUAUGACAACCUUUCACCCGAUGGAGUUUGAGAUCAACUGUGGUGCAGAUGAGACAUGUAUGGAUAACCUGAAAGUGGAUUUCGACUUCAGGGGCUCUCCGUUGGUUAAAGUGGGCAUCGAUGAGGUUCUGGAUGUAAUCGUAUCACUGGAGAACAGGGAGGAAAACUCCUACAACAGCUAUGUUACUCUCACAUACCCAGCUGGAAUCUCCUACACAAAGUUCACCAUGAUAAAGGGGAGAAUUGAAUGCAACUCUACAGACAGUGAGAAUGGUGAAAGUCGGGGAACCACGAUCUGCACGGUUGAUAAACCCAUUUUGAAAAGCAAAUCUAAGGCUAAUUUUAUUGUUUCCUAUGGGAUUGGAAGCAACAGUCAACUGGGCAGAAAGAUCUUCAUCACUGCUAAUGCCACCAGUGGGAACCAGCAGCACUCUUCUUUUAGUGAACUCUACAAGAAAAAGGAGAUUGAUGUGAAGUACAGCAUUCUGGUUACAAUUGAGGGCUCCCACAGCUAUACGAACUUCUCUUUUGAAAAAGUCGAGGAGAAACCAUUCCAACAAUCAACAGAGGUUACAAACAAUUUCAGGCCUUUAAAUCUGACUGUUGUGAUCGAGGUUCCUAUAAAGCUCGGGGACAAAGAUAUUUGGGGGGAUUCGCAAAGCCUGCAGAUUCCAGAUUGUCGAAGUGUAAACGACAAAAGUCCGGCUAUUACUGACUUUAUUCCUCAUGUAAAGGCAAACAAAACAGUGGACUGUUCUGUAGCCACAUGCAGGACAUUCAAGUGCAGAAGGUUCAUGGAAAGGCAGGACAAAACAACAUAUACCAUCUCUGCCAAUCUGAGUUCAGCGUGGAUAAAACAAAUCGGACUUUCUGCUUCCAGAUUCAUCUUGAUCAGCACAGUUAGUCUUGAAUAUGACCAAGAUCAGUACAUCUUCUUCUCCACAACUUCUAACCACAACCCUCCAGUUCGCAAGAUUGAAACAGAAGUGGAGGUUUACACCGCACCAAAUUUCACCAAAGAGAUUGUUGGAGGAUCUCUGGGAGGGUUGGCGUUUGUGGCCUUGGUCACUGCUGCCCUUUACAAGGCUGGGUUCUUUAAGAGAAAAUAUAAUCAGAUGAUAAAUGAAAAUGAAAAUGUAGGAGAUCCUGUGCCUGACGGAGAAGCCCCUCCAGAGGCGUGAACGCCAUUCAUCUCAUCUGUCGUGGAUGUCAUCAUCCCUUUAGCUUUGCACCAAUAACUAGCUUAUAGGCUACUAUGUUUUGUCAAACUGUCCUGAAUAUUUUAUUUUGUUCUUUUUCAAAGAAUAUAUAUUUGCUGCACAAGUUUUUUUUUAUUUUUUUUAAUGAAACAAAUGUUGUGCACUGGAAGCCACAUAGGAAAAUAUGCAACUAAAUGUGGCCACAAAAAGUAAAUAAAAACACAUUUAAAAGUAAAGAAGAGCCAUUUCAUUCAAAGCCUAGCAGAAUGGACUUUAUGCCAGAUCAUACUUGUAUGUUCAAGACUUUUCAAUUCCAGCUUUUGAUUGUGUCAACUGCUUAUAGUCUACAAAAUGGACCGUGAAGCCUUGUACAGUGGCCAGAGCUGGCCCUAGGCAGCCGCCUGGGUUGCCAUUAGCUGGAAGGGGCACCAAAUUGCAAUGCUUUUUUUUCCCCUUUUUUUCAGUUUUGUGUAAAAUGUAAAAAAAAGUUAAUAAUUAAAAUAAUAAAUACAAUAACUAAAAUG